AUGGAAGCCCAAGAAAUUCGUAGUUCGGAAACUCGCCUCGACGUUGCUGUUCUCCCGGAUGUUCCCUUUCUUCGGGUACUAAAUUACUUGUCAGGAUUACAAAUUGAAAAAUGUCGGGGAAUUUCGCGUCUCUUUCAACAACGUAUUGAUGUGAAUCGGAAAUCGCUGCCCACCGUACAAGUUUAUUCUCUGACGAUUGACCAGAUGAAGGUCAACCCUGAACCUCUUACUAAUAAUCAUAACGAGGUUGAACCAACUAUCUUUAUCGCGAUUGAAAAAGGAAUGUCCAUUAAAACUCUCCAUUUGAAGCUUGAGUAUUUCGACGUCGCCACGUUUCAUCAAUUGCUGAAGAAGUUUGAGGAAUGCAAACUUGAACCAGAGAACUUCGGAUUGACGAUUCUUGGUGAAACUACCCUGUUGACGUCGUCGUUCUGGCAAGACAAAUGCAUUCGAGAUCGUCGGGGGCUGGCGAUUUGUGCGAGCAAUUUGUCCUUUGAUGACCAGGUGCUGUUGAAUUUUGCCUCUCCGAAUUUCAUGCUGAGCGAUGUGACUGCUUGUACAUUUGCCGGAAUCGCCUCAUUUCUUAACGAAUGGGGAGCUGGAAUCCGAGAAGUGACAAAGAUACGACUAUGGGUUCGAUCUGACCUGAACAUCAGAGAGUUCUUUGCCAUGUUGUCUUGGAAUGUCAAGUUUGAAACGAAGUUGUUAGGAAUUCUCUCGGGAAGAAGCUCCACCUAUGGAUCGAACAAGAGGAGGCUAUGGAAUUUUGUUUUGAGAUGCUGGAGGACUACGACAACGACUACCUCGAUUAUUCGUGGGCCCCCA